CCGUAGCUAUCCCUUUCUUCUUUCCUUGUCCAAACGGAUCCCCCAAACGGCGGCAGAGACCAGAGCAAACCCAGCAAGUGCCACCAUCCUAGCCGAGGAGGGGAGAGGGAGCCGAGGGAGAGGGUCAGCUCAGCUAUGGGGGACACGGGGAGGAGCUCCAUCCUGGUGCACAUCCUGGUGAUCGCCCUCUGCCUGGCCGCCUUCGGCUUCGCCAUCGCCGCCGAGCGCCGCCGCAGCACGGGUUCAAUAGUAACGGACAGCUCCAAUACCACAUUUUGUGUUUAUGACUCCGAUAUUGCUACUGGCUAUGGUGUUGGUGCUUUCCUGUUUCUUCUCUCAGGCCACUCACUGCUUAUGGGUCUUACGAGGUGCAUGUGCUUCGGCCCACCACUUGCGCCAGGUGGAAGCAGAGCCUGGUCCAUUAUAUACUUCACAUCGUCAUGGGUCACAUUUGCAAUUGCAGAGUCGUGCCUAAUUGCUGGAGCAACAAAGAACGCAUACCACACCAAGUAUAGGGAUAUGGUAUACGCUGGUAACUGGACCUGUCAAUCUCUGCGCAAAGGAGUGUUCGUUGCCGGAGCAGUCUUCGUGGUGUUCACCAUGAUUCUGGACGUGUACUUCUACAUGUACUAUGCCAAGGCCACGAGCCAAGCUGCCAAAAAGAUCAGUAAGACGACCCCCAGCGUUGGCAUGACUGGCUAUGCAUGAGCAACCUAAUAAAACUCUCGCCUGAUAGAAAAAGAGACUAUUUCUAUUUCUGGUAUUUUCUGUAACACUGCAGUGAGUGAUUUUAGGAUAUGACGUAGUUUCGCGUAAAUGUUGCUUACUAUAUAUGUGUAUUGUUUAAUCCUUGCAAAACCAAAGUACUCUUGUGAUCC